GGCUAGAACCUUAAAGCAACUACACAAGUCAUUCUACGAAGAAACCUCAGGAGAUUAUCUCCCAAAGGAAUUAUUACAAGCCAGACAAAACAUUGACAGCGAAGCCAGGACUUUGAAAAUCACCACACAGCUGUUUCAGAUCGAAGAUUUGUUUAAUACUUGA